AUGCAAUGCUCUUAUAAAUAUAAAAAACUAUAUCAUUCCCCCUCUUUUAAUGAUUGGCCAAAGAAUCUAAAAGAAGCAGUGAUAUUAUUUAAGAAGCCUGAAGCUGAACAUCUUAAUGUUAAUGAUUCUGUUCAAGAAACGGUGGUUAUUAUUAAGAAUAAUGAGAAAGAACCAAUCUAUAUUUCAAAUAAUAAUAACAAAUUGAAAUCUCUUGAUACUACCAAAAAACAAGGA